GCGAGUUUCCCUUCAAACCAUCUCAAACCCAAAACCCAAAGCGAAACGAAGCGAAGUUUAGAGAGAGAGAGAGAGAGAGACAAUGGCGCUGAGAGCAGCUGUACUUCGCCAUAUCCGACUACCCAUUCAAACCCUAUCCCUAACUGCUCGACCAUUAGGGGCUUCCUCUUCUUCCACUCUUAUUCGAUGGAUGUCAUCGCACGACGAUCAUAUCACCAAAGAGGAGGUCAUCGAUAGAGUCCUCUCCGUCAUCAAGAGCUUCCCCAAAGUCGAUCCUUCCAAGGUAUCUCCUGAGGUACAUUUUCAGAAGGAUUUAGGAUUGGAUAGCUUGGACAAUGUGGAGAUUGUAAUGGCUUUGGAAGAGGAGUUCAAGUUGGAGAUUCCAGACAAGGAAGCUGAUAAGAUAGACUCCUGUAAUCUAGCCAUUGAGUAUAUCUCUAACCAUCCGAUGGCAAGUUAAUAUUCUUCUGCGGCAGCUUUUUCUCUUUUUAAAAAGGAAUUUACCUGCUCUAGCUUUGUUUCUUUUGUUCAUUGGGUGUUUGUAGAAAUUUGAUCCAUCUUUGUUGGAAAAUAAUCUGAAUCUGGUUGAAAAAGAACAGUCAUUCCAGAACUAAACUUCAAUGUUUUUGCCAUGCUUCAAUUUUAAACUGUCAUAGGACCCGGCUAUAUUAUGUCAUUAUCUGGAUUUGUUUGUGUUCCUCCUGUCCCUGUUUUAAAAACUCAACUAUUUUUCUCA